CAGCAGAACCUUAGCCAUGAGACUUCUCCUCCUGACCCUCCUGGCCCUCUGCUGUCUCUCAGCAUGCCUUGUGGAAGGUGUGGGAAGCGAAGUCCCAGAAGAGAGUAUCUGUGUAAGUCUCACAACUCAGAAACUGCCAGUCAAAAGAAUCAGGACCUACACCAUCAAAGAGGGCUUCAUGAAAGCUGUAAUUUUUAUCACCAGACGUGGCCUAAAAGUAUGUGCAGAUCCACAAGACAAAUGGGUGAAAGCAGCCAUCAAAAGUGUGGACAACAGAUCCAGAACUACAAAGGACAUGAUCCAAACCAAACCUACUGGAACCCAAGAGUCCACUAGUACAGCUAUAACUUUGCCUGGGUAGUGGCCUUCUGAACAGUUUCCUGCACUGCCAGCCAGCUCACUUCAUGUUAUAAGCUGAUGGAUGACAAAGAUUAUAAGUUAUGUUUU